AGAAAUAUUCAACUUUCUGAGGUGGCAUCAAAAUAAUUAUUUGGACUUAGUUUUCGUUUCUGAAAUAUUUACAAGAUAUGGCGACUGCUAGUACUAGUAAUGGAAUUGUGAAACAAGGUUCUGCUUGGUUUCAGAAAAAAAUAAAUCUUCGACCAGUUCACAGAGGAUGUCAUUUAGUUACUGAUGAAAUAUUAAAACAGAUUCCUGAGUUAUCAAAUUUUGCAGUCGGUCUUUUUCAUAUUCAAAUAAUGCAUACAUCUGCCAGUCUUGCGUUAAAUGAGAACUGGGAUCCACAUGUUCGUGUUGACAUGGAAAUGUUUCUGACUCAACUUGUACCUGAAAGCAUUCCUUUUAAGCAUUCUUGUGAGGGCCCAGAUGACAUGCCUGCUCAUAUAAAAGCCUGUUUCUUGGGCUCGAGUUUGACUCUUCCAAUUACUAAUGGGCAACUAAAUUUAGGAACUUGGCAGGGUAUUUGGCUAUGUGAGCACAGGAAUAGAGCUGGUUCUAGAAAAGUAAUCAUCACAAUAAAUGGAGCUCUAAAUGAUAGUACGGAAUGAUGAGUUGUUUUAAACUAUGAAAAAAGAAAUACCAUGAUCUUCCUAUGCUUCUGCCAGUGUUAGGGAACUGAUCACUGUGAUGUUUUUGGGUGAUACUAAUUAAUGUGAAUUAUUAAAAUGUGUAUUCUUCUGCGAUGACGUUAGCUAGAUGUAAGUCAAGUCAUUUUAGGUAACUCAAAGUUCUCUUCCUAACCAAACUUUUAACUUCCAUUAAUGUUUGAGCUAUCAAUAACCUUUCUACAUGUUUUAUUAUAAUCUAUGGAAAGUAUUACCUUCCAACUUUCUCCAUGGAUAAUUCAUCAUUUUGAUCUAUGACUGUUUAUAUCAUAUGCAGAUUGGUUUAAAAAUUUAUGUGCUUCGUAUUUGAUUUAAGUGAAAAAGAUUCAACUUAAUUCUUUGUUUGUCUGAAAUUUUAUUUGUGAUUGAUCAUUAUUUUUUUAACUAGUUAUUUAAUUUUAAGAUUUAUUCUAAAAUUAACGAUAAAUUAGAUGUGGUUUCAAAGGUAAUGUUUUAUUGUUUAUAUCCAAAACACUAUCUUUAUUCUAUGGCUUUUCUCUCACGAUUGUUUGGCAUUUAUACAUCAAGCGGAAUUAGAAUCCUGCCAAAUAAGGGUGUAUCAUCAUACAAUUUUUUAUUGUAAGUGAUAGGCAUUAAAAACUUUGUAUAAUAUAAAAUCAUACAGAUCUAACACAGUUUUCCAUUGCUAUGAAUUAACCGAAGAAAUUACAUGGUAGGAUCCAAUUUUUCUACCUUGUUUUUCAUAUUGGUUUAGUUGUCAUUAAGAAAAAAGGAAUAAAAGUCAUAAAGGUAUUUUCCUAUAAAUAUUUUUGCAUCCUAAUUUAAUGAUAAUUUACCUGUGCUACUAUUAUUACGCUUUUGAUUUUAACAGGGUGCGUA